AUGAUGCCAGCUAUGGCAAAGCAAUGCAAAUCCUUGCAGCAUGCUAUCUGCAGCCGCUGGGAACUAUGUCCGGAAUCAACUGCUGGUUUCCUUCAAGCCCAGGAAACCCUUUGCAGGUCAAUCCCCGGUGCUACCAAAGUCGAGGGUGGCGUAUGCUGGGCGCAAACUCUGUCCAAGUGGACAGCCCCGACUGAUUUAGCAAAGCUUCGAAUUCGCCUUUCCUCGCCUCGGCAGUUUACUGGCAAAUGCUUUCGGGAGGACACACUGCCACUGGCCAAGCACAGCCAACUCAAAAGCAUGCACAAGAAGUCCGCUGUUACACACAUACAUGUCCUCCUAGGCCAAGCAGCCGUCCCAGCUACUGGCACCAGGCUCCGCCGUGGCGAUCUGGCCAGGCGCAAGGCCGCUUGUAUCGAAGUGCCUGAAACAUCAGGCCGCAGAAAUCAAGAUCCAGGAAGCUGUCGGGAGCACGAGAAAGGGUCUUGCCUGCGUGUGUUGAUGGUCUGGAGAUUUGUGGCUGCUCGUCAUCGGAAACGGCUGGAAAUAUCGUGUUGA